CCUCCGCGCCGUGCCGUGUGCAGUUGCGCGGCUGUCCGAACCUUGUAUCCGUCGGCCUAGAUGUGAGAGGAGCGGCCGCCCUUCCUACGGUGGAAACUGACGUAAAGAAACCAGAGCAGGCAGUUCCCAGCGUUAAUUAAGAGCUUUAAUACCAACAUUUUUUAGUGGACGUUCUCGUCAUUUCUCGCCGCUGUCUCACUCGGUUAUCGGCGUUUUGGUGUCGGCAGCUCUGACGGAGAAGAACAGCCACCGAGAGGCACCGACGAGAGGAAAAUAAAAGCAGAGAGUAAACCUGGUUGGGCAUGGCUGAUCUGCUGAGGCUGCUGCUCCGGGUGGCUGAGAAAGCUGCUAACGUGGCCCGGGUCUGCAGGCAGGAGGCUCCCCUCUUCCAGCUCCUCGUCCAGGAGAAGACCGGAGACGACAAGAACAAGAAGUUUGUGCAGGACUUCAAGACGCUGGCCGAUGUGGUGAUUCAGGAGGUGAUCCGGCACGACGUUGGCGCUCAGUUCCCUGAGAUGGCCGGCUUCAUUCAUGGAGAGGAGUCUAACAAGUUUGAGAACGGGCUCGGAGAAAGUGUGACGGUCACAGUUUGCAGUACGGAGGAGGAAACGGCAGCGCUACUGUCCACGGUGCUCGACGGCGACCACACGGCAGCCUCCCUGCUGGCUCGAGCCAUCCACCAAGACCCGGCCACCAUCGACACCAGCACCGACGGUCUCACGGUUCCCCUCAGCCCCUCUGAGCUCGGCAUCUGGAUCGACCCCAUAGACGCCACCAGCCAGUACAUAGAGGGCAGAGAGGAGGUUCUGGAGGAGGGCCACUUGUCUCCUUCAGGUCUGCACUGUGCGUUGGUUCUGAUCGGGGUUUACCUCCGGAGCACCGGCGAGCCUGUCAUGGGCGUCAUCAACCAGCCAUUCAACAGCAAAGAUCCAGCAGGAGGAGGGUGGAGGGGAAAGCAUUUCUGGGGCGUGUCCUGCGGCAGCAUCAAUGUCUGCUCAGUAUCCAGACCAAAGGAUGGGGCUGGACGAGGGCUGUCGGUGGUGCUGAGCUCCAGUGAGAAGCAGGUGGUGAAGGAAGCCCUGACCUCGCUGUGCGGCCCUGAUAAGCUGGUCUACGCCUCCGGAGCCGGCUACAAGAUCCUGUGUGUCAUUCAGGGCCUGGCCGACGCUUACGUCCUCUCAGAGGGAAGCACCUUCAAGUGGGACUCCUGCGCUCCUCACGCCCUGCUCCGAGCCCUCGGAGGGGGAGUCGUGGACUUGAGUAAGACUCUGCAGUCCAACGUUGGGCCACAGGACCACAAGAUGGAACUGACCUAUCACCAGCCGUACACUGAGUGCAAAGGAGCGGACCGCUGGGCGAAUCAUGGUGGCCUGGUGGCUUAUCGAGACUGUUCCCAGCUGUGCAGCAUCAUCGGGGCUCUGAAAGGCAAACUGUAGGUGAAGGAAGAGUAGAUUUAGUCAGCACGAGCUGAAGCAUUUAUCGUCACAUCUACGGUCGUUUUCAUGUUUUCUAUAUUAGUCGAGAAAGAAGAGCUGGGAGUAGAGGACGAAAUAUUUUAAUCAUAAUUGCUUUUGUCGUAUUUUUAACCAGAUAUAUAUGCAAGUGUACAAAGUGGAUAUCAGGUCUGGGCCAAAUAAUGUUUGCAAAUACUGUUUGGUCUGUAGCCAAAGCUGGAGAUGUUUCAGCGGCUGAGAGCUAAAGAAAACCUGAAUUAGUCUGAAUUAUUUUGUACAAGACAAAAAAGACUGCCAUGAAUCUGGAAAAGUUAUCAGGAUCUAGGAUGACACUAUUUAUUCCAAAAGCAAACUAAUGUGAAAGGUACAGCCUUUUCCUUUUUUGAAAGGGAAGAAAACUUAAAAUGGGGAUUUUAGUUAAUCAAACAGUUAUGAUUUUUGGGAAGAUUGUGUUUCUCUUUAGUUCCUCAUCAAUGUAACAAUAGUGCUACAUAAACGUGCAGUUCAGGUUCCAAACAGUGUCAUCAGUUCAUGAAAUUCUGUAAAUGUAUACACUUUGAGUGCAGGACAUGAUUGCACAUACCACAGGGGAAACUAUGCUCUGAAUAGUGGAUCUCUGGUUCGGAUCCUGGCUGGGUAUCAAAUGCCAGUCGUAACUCCAUCUUCUGUCUCUUCACCAUCCUCCAAAGCACUGAUCAGAUUAAUGAACCUCCCACACAGGACGGUGCAGAUGAGGUAUGAGCAAUUUAAAUGUGACAUUCCAGUCUGCUGGCUACCUCCUAGAAGGUGAAACUAACUAAACUUUAUUUGCAAAAGGCAUUUAGCUCAGACCUGUUAACCAUUUAUUGUGUGUUGAAGAGAUUUUCAACAGUUUUGCUCCAUUUUGCGUACAGAGUUUAUCAUAGUCUAUAGGAGCUAGAGUGCUCACUGCUGGACAGCUGAGGAACACUUCACUGCUAGAGGAGAGCUAAUGUGGCAUCACAAGAGUGCUUCUGACUGAUCCACAAGAUUGUCUUAAAGGAGUCUAAAUUGUCGUUUACUAUUUUCCACCUUAUAAAAGUCUUUAAUAGGUGAAGUGAGUGAAUCAGACUCAGAUAGAGGAAUGUGCAGGAAUCUGCACCUCUCUGAAACAACUCCUUGUAAGGAGCAGAGGGAUACACGUGCCCUGCCCUCUUUUCAUGGCCAUAGUUAGUUAGUUAAAGGUCAGAGAGUGGAAAAGCCAUAUGAGGUAAAACAGUGACACAGAGAGUCCUUUUCACUGUGGGUUUACAGUGAAAUGAAAUAUUAAGCCAGUUUGAAGGAUGGGACCUCUGCAUGCUCCCAGCUGCUCUGAGGGCUUAUUGAGAUGUUUGCAGUGUGGACCUGUGUAACCUUACUCCAAUGUGUCUGUUUACACUGUACAUGUUUAAAAUGGUUUAACUUUGA